AUGCAUCCGUCUCAGCAAGCGAUGCGCCAGGUUGAUGGGCGACAGCAAAUUUCACUCGAAAGCAGUAUCAACCAUGGCCAUCACGGUCAAAGAAAUGGCGCCUACCAGAAGAUCUUCCCUCCAAUCGGGGCACAAGACUUCCAGGAGUUCCCCACAAGACGCUCAAACACCGGCAACCCAAACACAAUUGCAAGAGCAAGAUUUGAUGCCUCGUCUCCUAUGCCCACUAACUUUCCUCCCUCUAUAUAUUCGCAGGAGCCAUUGAGCGAUCAGAAAGGCGCUCAUCUGCCAGACCGUCACCGUCCGACAGGGCAUAAUACAUCUCGCAGCGCAUCACCAGUCUCAAGAAUGUCUUCCGAUGAAACCUAUGAGACACAGGCAACUUCAUUAGAGUUACCAGCGCUACAGGCACACUCAGCACUCGACAGGUCAGACCCAAUGGAGCCAUUGACUGGAGACCCCGCAGGCUCGUUCGACCUUGUUGCGCCAGCAGAAGAAGGUCGUCAGGCCUUUUCCUUAGAAGCACGUUCGGAGCAACUUUUCUCGCGUGCUCACCUGGAGAUAAUAUUCGCCAACCCAUCCUCUCUCUUAAGGUUCACUGCCUUCCUGAGCACACAUCGACCCCAAUCGGUGCCAAUCUUAAUAUACUAUCUCGAUGCACUCAAAGCGCUGAAAGCCAUCAGAUAUGCCAACGCUAUAGCCGAAGCUCUGAGCCCAAUACCAAAUUAUGACUUCACGUCCGAACUCGCCAAUCCAACUACCAACCGCGAACUUGAAAACAAAGCCGCCUCUGCGUUUACGGUAUUGACCCACGAGGACCUCCCAGCCUUUAUCACACAUGUCUAUGUGCAAGUAGUUAGCCAGAGCAUUUCCCGAAGAAUCACAGGGACGCUGGCUCCACAUCUGCGUGAAGCGUCCGAAGGUUUGGCGGAAGUAUUUUGCCUGACAGAUCCUUCUAGACCGGACAAUCCGAUUGUUUUUGCUUCUGAGGAAUUUCAUCGCACCACCCAAUAUGGUAUGAACUAUGCUAUUGGGCGAAACUGUCGUUUUCUUCAAGGUCCGAAGACAGAACCUGGCAGUGGACGAAGGCUUGGAGACGCGACCAGAGCUGGCAGGGAGCACUGCGAGGUUUUUCUCAAUUAUCGACGUGAUGGUUCACCUUUCAUGAAUAUGCUCAUGAUCGCGCCCCUUUGCGAUAGCCGAGGAAAAAUCCGAUAUUUUAUAGGGGCUCAGGUCGAUGUCAGUGGACUGGUCAAAGAUUGCACAGACUUGGAAUCUCUUCAGCAGCUUGUUGUUCGAGAGCAGGCUGAGCACAAAGAUACUAAUGGAGAAAAUUUCGACGGCCAGCAGGAGGCCAAGGACGACUUCCAGGACUUGAGCGAGAUGCUGAACAUGGCCGAGCUUGAAACCGUGAGGAAGUUCGGCGGAAGGAUGCACCGAGAGUAUCAAGAAGAGGAGGUAGACAAGCCACGUAAUGGCGCGCCCCAUAUGCCACGGUUGCUCUUGCAGGAGCCAUCUGCAGAUGACAGUCAGAUAUUCGAUCUCAGUAGCCGCCAGAGUGGCAAGCUAAGCGGCAUCUACCAGAAUUAUCUACUUGUCAGGCCUCAUCCAUCUUUCCGUAUUUUGUUUGCUUCGCCGACGUUGCGGGUGCCAGGAAUCCUCCAGUCUCCUUUCCUGGACAAGAUUGGUGGCUCUACACGAGUCCGCGAGGAGCUGUCUGCUGCUCUAGCAGAAGGUCGAGGUGUAACAGCAAAGGUGCGCUGGGUUACCAAAGCAGACGAAGAUGGAAGAAAUCGAUGGAUUCACUGCACUCCUUUGUUAGGCAGCAAUAGCCUAAUUGGCGUCUGGAUGGUGGUACUUGUCGACGACGAUCAAGAGCUAAGUAGGAGAUGGAAGCAGGCUCCCCCAGUUGCACCUCAUCGUGGUAGAAUUUACGACGGUCAUGAACGCAUGGGAAGCAGCGGAGAGUCUAUUGCAGGCCGUGCGAGUGGUGUGAGCUCGUUGCAAAAUGAUCAUCCCAGAGCUCAUCAGAGUACAAACAACGGCGCCCAUAGCAGCUCUGUCAGGUCUACUUCGCCAAAUUCGGUUCUAAUAUAG